AUGGGGAUCUGCGCGCUGAGGAAACAUCUACUAACAGCGAUUCAUCAGAGUUCACCAGAAGAAUCCAGGAAGCGAAAGAAGAUGGACGAUGACAUCCCGCAGCCAGAAGAACGGGCUGCUUUCUUCACACUCCUUGAAGACGAGCACAUCCAGUACUUUCUAGCCAGGGACAGCUGCCUUAAGAUCUCGGACAAGUAUCUCCUGGCCAUGGUCCUCACGUACUUUAGAAGAGCAAACCUGCGUACUGAGGAAUACAGGACUUACUUCUUCCCAAGUCUAUUUUUGGCCAACCAGUUUGAAGAGGAAGAGUUCUUUAGACGUGAGAUCUACCCCUGGGCCCUCGGAUUGAUGUGGAUGAUCCAGAAGAAGCAGCUUCAUCAUCUACGCGAUCAGAUGUUCAUCCGGAUGGGAUUUAGAGCUUGGGUGGAACAGGAAACCUGUGAUCUGAUCAUGGCACAAGACCCUGACCAUUGCGCAUGGAAGAGAGAGAGGAAAGUCCAUCACAGCUGGGAUAUACGCCAAUGCAGGAGGGAUGAUGUAGACUUCACCAUC